UCCUUUGUUGAUUUUGUCGCUGUGCUCUACGGAAAGGGAAAACAAAUGUUCAGAACAAAAGCGUAGGUUCAACGGGAAAAAACAAUGUCCUUUUGUCAGCCGUUGAUGUCGUACGACGUAAUCCUAUAAAAGCAAGAAGGUUUUACAAAGUGUUCGCACACGGGGCCUGCAGCAUAUGCCAAACCUAUAUGCUUCAGGGAGUACCUCACCUGUGCUGCUGCAUUCCUCUGCAGCUGCUAAACAUUGAGGUGUGUGUCAACACUUGUGAAGAAUCACUUCUUUGCAAUCCCAUUAGCAAUAUUUGUCGUCUAUCUCACAGUAAUUAAGGUGCAACAGGUUAAACAAGAGCUGGAUUCCUUGGAGAUGAAUGUAUGAGUGACUGAGAGGUGCAAUGGUGUAUUAUCAACACAAGAGGGCGAGCUUGUGCGCUUAAGUGUCUACCUCACAGUUGUGAGAGCUGGGAAGGGAGGAUGAAAUAGCUUAAAACUAUUUGUAAAUUCCUAAAAUUGAUACAGUAAUGUAAUCUCCACUGACUAGAAUAGACCUCACAUCGAUUCGAUUACCUUCCAUGUGUUAUUUAAAGCUACAAACCGUUCUCCCUCACCAUUGGUCCCUUGUUUGUUAUGUGGCGUUAAGGUGUGGCUUGGCACGGUGAGGCGUCUGCAGAGCGCGUUUGGGAAAAUAAACCGCAACCGCUGCUGCUGCUGCUGAGCUGGACCAGCGCUCCACAGGCUGGGCGCCUUCACCGUGGCCGUAGAUAUAAGAGAAAAAGAAAAGUUUCUUUAAGAGUUUCUGCAAGAGGAAAUGAGUUUACAGGUGCUUAUAGGACCUAAAUUGGAUUGUACGUUUGAUCAGUGGCGUCUUAUUGGCCUAUAUUGACUAAAAAUAACUUUGUCACAGUCCCGUUAUAAAGAGCGCACCAUGAGGACUCAACUGUGCUGAUCUCUGAGGCACCAAAGCUGUUUCUGCAGAAAGGUUAGUUUUACAAGGUAUCUGAAUCUUCGGUAUGCCGUCCCCAGGGCCCCCGCCGCCGCCUCCACCGCCUCCACCCGGCCCCCCGCCACCGCCUCCUCCCUCCGCCGCCCUGCCACAGUGCCCUUUGGAGCCUCCUCAGCUCCAGCCUGGCGGAGGAGGUGGAAGAAAUGCUCUGUUGGCCGACAUCCAGAAAGGCGCCAAACUCAGGAAAGUCACACAGGUCAACGACCGGAGUGCUCCUGCAGUUGAUAAGUCCAAGACUAACACAGGAGAUGUUGGCUCUUCUCAAAACCAAUCAGCCGGGAUUGGUCCCACAGGACCCUCUCUAGGUGGAUUGUUUGCUGCAGGGUUUCCCACUCUCAGGCCUACUGGUCAUAGAGACUUACCAAGCAAGACCCAAGUGUCUCGGUCCAGCUCCUCUGCCUCCUUGAGGCCGCAGUGGAACCCUCCUACAUCGGCGGACUCGAGCAGCCUUCCAGAGUCUCCCAAGACGGCAGAGAUCCAAAACUCCUUCCAACGUCUUCUCACUUCCUCCGCCUCUGCUCCACCCUCCCCCUCUCACAGCAGCAAGCACCCACCACAGUUCCCGGCGUCCUCACCCCCGACGCCUCCGCCCGCCCCUCCCUCUGUGCUUCCCCCUCCUCCGCCACCUCAAGCCGAACGACCAGCCAACAAGCCCCCUUCCCUUCCCUCCUGCCCGCCCCCUCCCCCUCCGUCCCAGGUCACCAGGCCAACAUGGCUACCUGUUCAACAUUCUCACCACACAUCCUUGCCCCAGCCAUCGACUCCUCCUCCUCCACCUCCCCCUCUCACACACCCGCCUCCUUCAUCCAUCCCAGACCGCUCGUCAGGUUACUUCUUCUACUCUCCGCCUCCCUUCUCUGAACCGUCCAGGUUCCCCAUUCUGCGUGAUAGCCCCCUGGGACCUCCUCCACCUCCUCCUCCCCCGCCUUUACCGACGUCCUUCACCCCAAGCUGCCCAACCACCCUUCCCCCACCGCCACCCAAAGUGGCCCCGGUGCCCUCGCCAGCCAUGCGCUCGCUGCCACCGUCAUACCCUUGCAACGUUCCCACUCGGCGCCCGCCGGCUGUGCCCAGAAGUUUAGGUGUGGGUCGGCUGCUGGCUCCUCCACCGGCUCCUCCGGCACGUUCCCCCACCACAGAGUUGUCCACCCGCAUUCUUCCCCCUCCGCCUCCUCCAUUCAGCCUUAGGAAUGGACACCUCCACAGUCUGGUAGACGACUUUGAAUCCAAGUUCCAGUUCCACCCUGUAGAAGACCUCCCGCCGCCCGAUGAAUUCAAGCCUUUCCCUCGCGUUUACCCAAGCAAAGAAAAUAGAGUGAACCCAAAGCCACCUGGGAUCAGGACACACCUCAGAUGAGUCACUGAGCCUCCAACUUCUUUCUCACUCGAAGAACACUGCUCCUCGGUCGGCCGUUUGACGGCUCCAGACACUCACAAAAUGGACACAGAGACUAAUUUAUCCUUGGUGUGUUUGCGUGUUCUACGUGAGCGUGAGUGUCAAACAGGGUCCAGCCUUAUUCCGACUGUGCGACCUCUGACCUUUUUCAGCUCGGAAUGUUUUCAAUGUGUGUGAGGAGGAGGGCUCGACAGACUAGAUGCAGUCUCUACACACUAAGUCGUGGGACACAGUCUUCCAUCACUUUCUUUUUUUGUACUUUUUUUAAAACAUUUUUAUCAAUUUACACACUAAUGGAAGGACUGAAAAGUUAGAUUUUUGUCAUCUUGUGUUACCUCAACUCUAUAUUGUUUACUACAUUAAUAGCCGCAACUUUUUAAAGACAUACAAACUUGUCUUUGUCCAAGAGUUAUGCUGCGUUUAAGUUGAACUUUAAGCAGAAUUUUGUACAUUUCUUUUUCUUGUCAUUUCUAAAUGGUCAAGCAACACACACGCCCACACACACCCAGACACGCAUUUUAGUGGAUGUGCUGAAUUUUGGAGUAAAAAACAAGGUUCCAUGUACAUCCUUUAUGAUUAUUCAGUCUUACCUGUUUGCUUGGUAGUUUUUGCAUACAGCAUAGUGGUGCUCCUUUGUAUUAAUUUGACUUUUAUUUUUAGAGAAAUUGAUGAGACUGACAUGCAAGGAUGGACUAAUAGGAUGUUUGGGAUUAAGAUUUUAUGAGCAGAUAAUAAAUGAGUUCAGCUGUUUUCCUCGUUCCAGCAGCAGCUAGCACAAAGUUCAAAAGCUGGGAGGACAGUGCCAUCUGCUGGUCAAAUGUGAAGGUAUCAGCAAAUUAACAAAAGUUGGCACAAACGACUUUACUGACGUGUAUCUACUCCAUUUCUGAUAAUGUCUACAGUGGAAGACUGACCACAAGCGCUGAACAAAAGUAUUUGGAAAUAAAAUAAAUUGUGCAGUAUUGGAUACACC